AUGCAUUCAUCACAUACCAAACAAGAAGACACUAUCCUCCCACCGCUCCAUCCCAAGACCAAACGAUCCAUCAAAACAUUCCUCUCUCCAUAUCAUCCUCGACAGCUCUCCAAACUCCUCUCCCUCACCCCUCUCCGCUCAUCACCACUCAAAGCCCCCCUCAACCCUCUCCCAGAAUUCCACUUCUUCCCGCUCCUCCCCUCCGAAAUCCGCACCAUAAUAUGGACCAUCUAUUCCACCUUUCCCCGCAUCCACAUUGCCGCACUCAGCUCCCACCCCACAGCUUCAGACCCCUGGCCUCUCACCCUGUCCCGCUCCCCCCAUUCGCAUCCCUCUCUCCUCAUAUCCCACGAAUCCCGCUCGAUCUACCAACAAACCUGCUGGCUCGAAACGCUCCAGCGAAUGCACAUUCAUUCUCAGCCCUCGAUUCGCCAUCUACCCUCCACAUCAUUCACCUCGAACUCUUUUCUCGCCUCCCCCGGAACCGAUUCAGUGAAUUGGGACACCGAUAUUUUCUGGUUCAAAGGCAUUCCAACCGUGAAGCAACUAUCGAUUGGGUAUCCGGAGAACCACAUGCAGAGAUAUGAAGAUGUGCGGAAGGUAGCGCUGGAUUAUGCGGUUUUGGAUUAUGAGGAGGAUAGUUAUUAUUGGAGGAAGAGGUUUAAGGUGGGGUGGUAUGGAUUAGUUUGCGUGUUGUAUUUGUUUGAGUUUUUGGAAGAGGUUUAUUUUGUGCUUGAUGUGGAGGGGGGAAAGGGUGUGGGGGAUGGUGAGAGGGAGGUUUCGUUUGAGAUGGUGGAUGCGGAGGAGAGGGUGAGGAGGAGGUUGGAGGAUGUGAAGAGCGAGGUAGAUAGGGAUGAUGCGUUGAGGUUUCCUCAGUUGGAUGAUAGAGGGAUGUAUCCGGGUUUGGAACAUCUGUUUUCUAGGAGGGAAAGGGGGUAUGGGUGGCAGAUUCCGAAGGUAAGAUUUGUAUAUGCUAGGAAUAUCGGAUGA